UCAACAGAUUCAAAUGAUAAAAGUUUAUCAAUAGGAAUAAAUGCUACUCCAACUACUUCUGUUACAAUUUGUGCAAAGAAAAAGCGUAGUAAUCAUUUUGGUUAUUUAUCUAAGUACUCAAGUGGUUAUUUAAAAAAGACUCCUCAGCCAGGUUUACUGUGUGCAAGUCAGAAAAGUUUGAUAGCUCGAGUUAAAAGUAUAAAACAAAUGACUCCCAAAAUCAGAGAGAGAAGUGUUGAAGAAGAACUCAAAAAAAGGCAAAAGCGAGAAGAGGAAGUCAUCCAAAAAAAAUAUAAUUUACUCAAUAUGAAAAGUGAAGAGAAAAAAAGAAAGAGAGAAGAAAGGAUGCGCAGAGCUAUUGAAAUGCGCCAAAAAUUAGAACAAGAAAAAGAAUUAAAACGUACUUUAGAAAUGACAAAAGAAGAAAGAUCUGCCAAGAAGGAAACUGAACUCAAACAAAGACAAAGAGAGAUUAUUAAAAAGAAACAAUUGGCCCAAAAACAAAGAAGAGAUGAAGUGGAGAAGAGACGUAAAGAAGAAGAAAAAAACAGAUUACUGAAACUUAGAGAUCAGACACCUUGUAAACAUAAAUUUCUUCAAAAGUUAAUAUCAAAUGAAUGUGCAUCAAAAGAAAUAGAAAUGAAAAAUGACAAAGAAGUAUCAAAUGAAGAAAUGGCUGCUGUUUUGGAUGCAACAUACAUUAAAAAUGAAGAGGAAAAUAUAAAAAGUAAUGUUGAAGAGGAAGUUUGUUCAUCAUCUAGUUCUUCAGAUGAUUCAAAUAUUUAUGAUGAUUAUGAUAUUAACGAUUUAAAAUCUGAUGAUGAUACUGAUAAUGAAAAUGCUCCAAGAAAGAAGAUACCAUCUUGGGCUCAAGGUCUCCAGCUUCGUGCUGCAUUGCUACAACAGUAUCAUAAUCCACCUGACAUUUAUGCUAUAUUUGGCAAAAUUGAAUUUCCUGAUCUAACAGAAAUAUUUCCAACACAAAAAAGGCCUUUCCAGAAAAGAACAAGUUCUGCAGAAUGGUUCUACUACUAGUCAUUUUUCCAAAAUUUUGAUUUAAAAUUUUAUUGUUAAUUCCAAAUAUUUAUUAUAUAUAUCUUUUUUUUAUUGUAUAUAUCUUUUAUUUAUAACAGUUGUAUAGUUUGUACUAAGACACUAAAAAUAUAUUUUGUAAUUGAGAUUACAUACUGUGUUGAAUAAGUGAUGAGAUUCAAACAUGAUAUAUCAGCAUUAUUAACUGUAUAAUAAUUUUUUUUUG